AAAAAAAUCUGCAACAACUGGAUUUGAUCGCUCAACGUUGCAAAGCACAGCUGUAGCUAGUUGCUGCCUAUAAUAAGUGCGAUUUUAAGAAAAACAACGCUCGUGCGCCCAUGCCUCGCAAUUUUGCGACGCUCUCAAUGUAUUGCCCACCCCGUGUCUGGGAAGAGGGAACGUCAUCAGAAAGCGCCUAGCGGUUGAAGGAAUUCAGGUGGUGGAAUGGAGACGGUUUUCGUUCCGAGUGGGAAUGGCUCCGUAAGCCUGAAAGGCUACACUCUGGUCAUGCCAGUUGUGUCUGUGGGUAAUGUUGGUCAGCUAACGGUGGAUCUGAUCAUUUCUACACUCACAUUACCAAGGGUUGGUUAUAUCCACAGUGACUGCCUCCUUCCGGUGGUGGGAAACAAUCCAUAUGCAACAACUUUGGAGAACUCAACAGAAAUGUGUGUCAGCUCUGAAGUUUACGCAUCAGCAGACCAGAAGUUGGCAGUCCUGCAGAUUCGAUCCCCAGUUGUUCAGGGUAAACACCGCUCAUUCCGACAACAACUCCUUUCUUGGAUUAAAGAAAAUGCGUUCAGCAAAGUUGUGGCCCUGUCCAGUAGUUAUGCCUAUCAUCGUGUUGACCAGCAACUCAUUGGCACUCCACUACGAUAUUUGGCAACACCUGCUCUGCAAACCAUUGUGGGAGACAAGUUCCAGACGCUCAAAUGGAAGGAACUUGAACGGGUAGCAGCCUUUCCUGGGAUUAGUGAGGCGGAAGAGGAGAUCUCCAUUCCUGGAGGAGGCAUCACAAAAUCACUGUAUCACAAUAGUUGCAUUGAAGGAAUCCCAUUGGCAGUGCUCCUGAUUUUCUGUUCCGAAGGAGAUAACAUCCCUGAUGCAUUCAACCUUCUGAACUUCCUGAAUGAAUGGAUGGAGUUAAAAGAAAAACCAAGUGAUCAACAUGGCAUAACACAGGCUCAGUGGAAGAUUCCAAGUUCUUGGAGGUUACUGUUCGGCAGUGGCAUUCCACCAGCUCUCUUCUAACUCAGCCGGUCCAAACCAAUUUCACAAUAAAUGGAUUGAAACUAUGUUUACACUGCUAUUGACUCACCUAUGGCAAUAUGUUUUUUUUAAAUUCUAUACUUUGGAAGUCUAAAUUAUGUACUGUUACCCCACAUCUGUUGAAUAUCAAUUCUUAAUUCUCUCAUGCAAUGUUCACUUGCAGAUAAGUGAGCAGGUCAUUGUAUGGAGAUUUGGGUAAGAACGGAAUUGUAAAAUUCUCAUGUUUAAAAUGAGGAAGUGAUACCUUUAAAUCCAAAGUUAGUUGUAUGUGCAGUGACUGAAGCAUGAACAGCUUUUGAGAGAGGCAGAAUGUUUUAUGGUUCAGACCAUUACCAGAAGACAUUAAUAUAAGCUAGUCAGCAAGAAGUCUAAUAGGGAAUUGAGAAGAAAUGUUUUUGCCUGUAUUUUUGAGAAUAUGAAACUUGCCACUACAAUGUGUGGCUUAAGUCAGUAGUGUAAAUAGAUUGUGAAGAGAAGGUAGAGAAGCACGAAGGAGCAGGGAACAGAGGGUUAUGAUGAUAGAUUUAAAUUAAAUGUAGAACUAUGCUAAAGUGGAACAUAAACACCAAUGACCUUUUUCUAUAUUAAUCCUCAGUGGUUGUGUAGAACCUUAAUUUUCAGAAGUAUACUGGGAAGCGGUACUGUAUGUACAUUGUGUAAAUUUGUUUUAUAGUCUCCUAGAUGCUCCAAUAAUGUAUUAAAGUUUCACUUGACCAGUUUAAUAUUAAGUUACUUUAAAAAAUAAAACAUUUUACCUAU